AGUUGGUACAUCACUAGUGUCAUGUCGGUCGGAGUGUUGAAUUGGAAUUCUUAACUGAGUUUUGUGUUCUUUAUAUUCUAUACAUAUUUAUUUUAUAAGUGCUUUGAAAAGAAAUAUAAUGAUUCAUUUCAAGGAUAGUAAAAAUAAAUCAGCAUUAAGUACAAGAUGGGCUCAAAUGUCGAAGCAAGAACAAAUAAUCGAGAGAAAAAAGAUGGAGAUCCAAGCAAAGUUGGAGGCUCAAAAGCAAGCUACUGCUCUCGCCGCUCAAGCUAAAUUGUCAAACCCUAAAACCAAGGAUGAGAAAGGAUCAAACAAUAUUUUCUCAAAUGACGGCAGCUUUAUGAGUCAAUUUAAAGCUUUAUUAGAGAAACAAAAACAGGAGAAACAGGAAAAAGAAAAGAAAGAGAAAGAUAAAUUAAUUGAUGAUGAGAGAAAAGCAGAAAAAGCAGCAAGGAUUAAAGAAGAAAAUUCUCAGGAUGACAAACAAUAUGAUGAAGGCCAUUUAUCUUAUGAUGAAGAUAGAAGGAAGUCUACAGAUAGAGGCCAAAGGGAAAGACAUCGAAGAUGGAGUGACAGAGGUCGCAAUCGUACACACAGUCCUAUGACGCCUGUUAUUGAAGACAGAAAGCAGCUUGUUGAAAAUAAAACUAUUAUACCUUUGAUGCAAAUUCCUAUUCGACCUCCGGAUGAUCAAAAUAAUGAAUCUAAUCUUAAUGAAUGGAGUAGGCAAGGAGGUCCUAAUUCUGAUGAUGAGUCUGAUAAUGAUAGGAAGUUGUUAGGCUCUGGUCCAUUGCCACCUGGAAUCAUGGGUCCUGGACCAAUGGGUCCUGGUCCUAUGGGUCCUGGUCCUAUGGGUCCUGGACCUAUGGGCGCUGGUCCUAUGGGUCCUAGCCCUAUGGGUCCCGGUCCUAUGGGGCCUGGACCUAUGGGUCCUGGUUCUAUGGGUCCAGGCUCCAUGGGUCCAGGCCCCAUGGGUCCCGGUCCUAUGGGUCCUGGACCUAUGGGACCUGGACCUAUGGGACCUGGACCCAUGGGUCCUGGUCCUAUGGGUCCUGGCCCUAUGGGACCUGGCCCUAUGGGACCUGGUCCAAAUAUGGGUCCUAGACCUAACAUGGGACCUGGUUCAAAUAUGGGCCCUCCACCAAAUAAUUUGGGUCCAGGCCCUAUGAUGGGUCCUGGUGGUCCUAAUAUGCCUCCGAUGCCUCCAAUGCCUCCAUUUAUGAGACCUAAUUUUCCUAUGCCACCCAAUUUUAUGGGUCCAAAUGGUCCUAAUGGCCCAUGUGGGCCUGGUCCCAUGCCCCCCAAUAUGUGUGGGCCUAAUAUGUCUGUCCCUGGGCCAAACGGACCUCCGUUUUUUGGUCCACCUUUUCCUAAUCCUCCAAUUAUGGGUCCAAAUGGCCCCCCUAACUCUAUGAUACCACCAAAUUCAAUAAAUAAUAAUAAUAGAUCGUUUAUGGGUCCUCAACCUCCCUUUGGUCCAAAUGGGCCUAACUUCGGACCAAAUGGAAAUGGUUCUUCCAAUGUACCAUUUAUGCCUUCUAAUUCUAUGGCAUCAAACUCUGGGCCCCUGCAUUCCAUUUCCGAAUCUAAGCCUUUAGACUCUGUUAAUAUUCCACCACCUGAACCCAUGAAGCUUCAAAAUAUUCCUCCGCCUAUGCCACUUCCUCUUAAUCAUAUUGCAAAGUCAAAGGAUAUGGAAUCUGGGAAUAUACCUGUACCACCAAACACAUCGCAAGUUCUCUCUGCAGAUGCGUUCCCGCCGUCAGUGCAGCGUGCAGCCAGCGAAGUCGCCUGCAACGGCGACCACUGGGAAAAUGUCCUGAAAGCAAUACACUCACAAGAUCAAAAUAUGUGGUUCCUACACAAUACGAACUCUAAUGAGUAUAAGGCGUUCAGGGAGCUAGUGAUUAAAAUGCGAAAUGAAGGACAAAUGGAUAAGAAACCGGAGGUGAAACCUGAAGAUAAAUAUGAACCGGAAUUCAGUUUAGAGGAUGACGAGAGUAGUGAUAGUAAACCCACUGAUGAUAAGAGGGAUGGUGCCUCAAACUGGGACCAGCACGGUAUCAAACGAGAGCAAACCAGUUCUCAAAGUGACGAGGAACCAGAGGUGAAGAGAGAACGCAGAAGGGCAGGGAAGAAAAAGUCGCGGUGGGGCGAUGACCCUCCUAUGGUUGAUAUUAAACCUCCAGGCUUGGUGGCUGCGUUGCCGCCUGCUUUACCAACAGGUCCUAAACUAUCUAAGAUCGACGAAGAUGGUCUAAAAUUAACAAACGUGAAUCGUAACAACCAAGCUCUAAUGCAGUAUGCAUUAACAAAUUAUGGAACUACUAAUUUAAGUGCUGAGGACUGGAAGAAAUGCGAGGACAACUUCAAACUCAACCUUUUAUAUCAGGACAUGUUGAAGAAAAGACAGGAAGUAGAGCGAUUGGCAGCUGCAGGAAAAAAUAAAUAUGAGUAUGAUAGUGACGAAGACACCUCAGAAGGCACUUGGGAGCACAAGUUACGUGCGAGAGAGAUGAGUGCAACAGAGAGAUGGGCUACCGAACUCACUAAGCAGGCUGCCGGGAAGCAUCAUAUUGGAGAUUUCUUACCACCUGAGGAACUAAAAAAAUUCAUGGAAAAGUAUUCAGCAGUAAAAAGUGGCAAGGAGCCAGACUUGAGCGAUUACAAGGAAUUCAAACUAAAGGAAGACAAUGUUGGUUUCAAAAUGCUACAGAAACUUGGUUGGAACGAGGGCCAGGGGCUUGGUGCUGAAGGGACGGGAAUAGUUGAGCCUAUUAACAAAGCGAACCAACCAGUAGCAAACCUUGGUCUUGGUGCAUCCGCGUCAGAUCUAGUGUCACCCGAAGACGACGAGUUUGAUGCCUACAGAAAGAGGAUGAUGCUUGCGUAUAGGUUCAGACCUAAUCCACUGAAUAAUCCAAGGAGACCUUAUUAUUAAAAGGAGUAUAUUAAUAUUUAAAAUAACUAGUUAAUAUAGGUAUACAGGAUAACGCUUUUGUUGUGCUCUUUUGCCCAAAACCUAUAGGUAAAUAUUGUAUGUCGAGUAUAUACAAGAUUUUAUCUAAUAUAUAUAUAU